UUCUUAGCAAAAUAUAUAGCCGUUUUCCUCUCCUUUCAUUUCAUCUCACAGUUUCUUUCUAUCGAGCUUCAUUUACUGUUCUGUAGCAGAUAAUGUAAAACCCGGGGAAGUUUUGAGAGAAAUUUGGUUAUUUUGUGACACCCAGAAGAGAUUUUCUUGGAGAAAAUGGCUUUCAGGUGGUUCUUUGGUCUGCUUCUUGUCCACAUUGCUCUGUUCGCCGGUUUCUGUUUUGCUGACGAUCCGUUUGUCUUCUAUAAUUUUGAGGUCUCUUACAUCACUGCUUCUCCUCUGGGUGUGCCUCAACAGGUAAUUGCUAUUAAUGGCAAGUUUCCUGGUCCUACUGUUAAUGUUACUACCAACAACAAUGUCGUUGUCAAUGUUCGAAACAAAUUGGACGAGAAUCUGCUCCUUCAUUGGUCUGGGGUUCAACAAAGACGUAGUUCAUGGCAAGAUGGACUUCCUGGAACAAACUGUCCAAUUCCUCCAAAGUGGAACUGGACCUACCAGUUUCAGGUUAAGGACCAGAUUGGGAGUUUCUUCUACUUUCCAUCACUGAACAUGCAGAGAUCGUCUGGUGGUUUUGGUAGUUUCAUCAUCAACAACAGGCCUAUUAUUCCAAUUCCUUUUCCAACCCCAGAUGGGGAUAUUGUCAUUUUGAUUGGUGAUUGGUACACCCAGAACCACACGGCCUUGAGGGAGACCCUUGAUGCUGGUAAAGAUCUGGGGAUGCCAGAUGGAGUUCUUAUUAAUGGAAAAGGCCCUUACAGAUAUAACACUACUCUGGUACCAGAUGGCAUUGAUCAUGAGACAAUUGAAGUUCACCCAGGGAAAACUUACCGCCUCCGUGUGCACAAUGUUGGAAUAUCAACCUCCUUGAAUUUCAGGAUUCAGAAUCAUAAUUUGCUCCUUGCAGAGUCUGAGGGAUCAUACACAGUGCAGCAGAAUUACACUAGCUUAGAUAUACACGUAGGACAAUCUUAUUCUUUUCUGGUAACUAUGGAUCAGAACGCAAGUACUGAUUACUACAUCGUAGCAAGUGCUAGGUUUGUGAAUCAAUCACAAUGGCAAAGAGUUACUGGUGUUGCCAUUUUGCACUACACAAAUUCCAAAGGCAAGGCAGCUGGUCCCCUCCCAGAUCCACCAAAUGAUGAAUAUGACAAGACCUUUUCAAUGAACCAAGCAAGAUCGAUCAGAUGGAAUGUAUCUGCUAGUGGAGCUCGCCCUAACCCACAGGGAUCUUUCAGAUAUGGUUCAAUCAAUGUGACCGAAGUUUAUGUUUUGAGAAACAAGCCACCAAUGGCUAUUAAAGGAAAACAACGAGCAACACUCAGUGGGAUAUCAUUUGUCAAUCCUGCUACGCCAAUCCGACUUGCUGACCAGUACAAACUUAAGGGAGUGUAUAAGCUUGAUUUUCCAACUGAACCACUUACAGGAUCUCCCCGGAUGGACACAUCAGUAAUUAAUGGAACAUAUAGGGGAUUUAUGGAAGUCAUUCUCCAGAAUAAUGAUACAAAAGUCCACACCUAUCACAUGAGUGGAUAUGCAUUUUUCGUUGUUGGAAUGGACUAUGGUGAGUGGACAGAGAAUAUCAGGGGCACCUAUAACAAGUGGGAUGGCAUUGCCCGCACCACAACACAGGUUUAUCCUGGUGCAUGGACAGCAAUCUUGGUAUCACUUGAUAAUGUUGGAGUCUGGAACCUAAGAACAGAAAACCUUGAUUCAUGGUACCUUGGCCAAGAAACUUAUGUCAGGGUUGUCAAUCCAGAGGCCACUAACAAAACUGAGUUGCCUAUGCCAGAUAAUGCUCUCCUCUGUGGUGCUCUAAGCAAAUUUCAGAAGCCACAAGAUAUCUCCUCGGCAACAUCAAUCACAGGAAGGAACUUGCAGCUAAUUUUUGUUAGUGUUUUAGUUUUCCUCUUUCUGUAGGUGUUUUCUUCUGGGGUGUUUUUACUGUUGCCUGCUGGCAGAAGACUGGCUUCUUCAUGAGUCUCUUGUGAGUGCUUAUGUUUGUAAUUCUAGUGCUGAUGAUACUGAUAUUAGGUUAUUUUUAACCCUUUUUUUUUUUUUCUCUUUUUCCCUUUUUCCCUUAAUGCUGUUAUUGCUUCUGGGUUUAAUUUAUUAGGAAUCUCAAUUCUUUUAAUACCCAUAAUUUAUGUACUGAUAGAAACUCAUCAAGUUCAAUACAAUUUAACGUCCUAA